AGAGGGGAUUCCAGAAAUGGUGUGGUAAAGCUGACAAAGAUCCCUCUCACAGUUUCAUAUAAUACACUGUUCUGAAUGGCAGAACACACUGGCAACUACCUUCCCCGUUCAUAAUGAUCAAGCAGAUGUCUAUAGGAAGAGGUGCUCCUUCAGAUAUUGAGGUUCCAGAUGUUAUUAGUAGCAUAAGACAGGCUUCCAAAGCAGCCCUCAAAGAAGAUGUCAAGCCCACUAAGGAUAGUGAAGAUGCCUUCUACAACUCUCAAAAAUUUGAAGUUCUAUACUGUGGGAAAGUGACGGUGGCUCACAAAAAGGCCCCUUCCACCUUGAUCGAUGACUGUAUUGAGAAGUUCACACUGCAUGAGCGCCAGCGGCUGAAACUGUUAAGUGAGCGCCAGAAUGCAGAAUCCAGCACCGAGUUUGCCGAUUAUGAGAUGAAUGAGCCAUCUUCUCCCUUAGACAGUCCAUUUGAGGAGAUAGAUGACUCAAAUGGUGGGAGCACCGGGAUGUUCACAGUUGGAAGCCAGACCAACCUGGCCACUUUCCGUGUCUCUUUCCCUGAGCGGAUCUUGGAGGAUUCUGGGUUUGAUGACCAGCAGGAAUUCCGCUCCCGGUGCAGCAGUGUCACAGGCGUCAUGCAAAGGAAGGUUCAUGAUAAUAGUUUGAAAACACAGUCCCGUAGACGACAUGCAAGUGCCCCUAGCCAUGUCCAGCCUUCUGAUUCUGAGAAGAACAGGACAAUGUUGUUUCAGGUUGGUCGAUUUGAAAUUAACCUUAUCAGUCCAGACUCUAAAUCUGUUGUGUUGGACAAGAACUUUAAAGACAUCUCCUCAUGUUCUCAGGGCAUAAAACAUAUUGAUCAUUUUGGUUUUAUUUGUCGGGAACCUACUGAACCUGGAAUAAACCAAUAUGUUUGCUAUGUAUUCCAGUGUGCAAGUGAAUCUUUGGUGGAUGAGAUAAUGCUCACUCUGAAGCAAGCUUUCAGCACUGCUGCAGCCCUACAGAAUGCCAAAACUCAGAUUAAACUGUGUGAGGCUUGCCCAAUGCACUCACUACAUAAACUCUGUGAAAGAAUCGAAGGUCUUUAUCCACCAAGAGCUAAACUUGUGAUUCAGAGACAUCUGUCAUCUCUCAGUGACAAUGAACAAGCUGACAUCUUUGAGCGUGUUCAGAAAAUGAAGCCUAUUAGCGACCAGGAAGAAAAUGAGCUUGUAAUCUUACAUCUCCGACAGCUGUGUGAAGCUAAACAGAAGACACAUGUUCAUAUUGGAGAGGCACCAAUGCAGAAUGCCUCCAACAACACAAUUCCAGAAAAUGCAGCCAGUGGUGGCAGGUUCAAGCUUGAUAUUUUGAAAAACAAAGCAAAGAAAUCCUUGACCAGUUCUCUAGAAAACAUCUUCUCAAGGGGUGCUAACAGGAUGCGUGGCCGUCUGGGAAGCAUGGAUAGUUUCGAAAAAUGCAACAACUUCACUUCUGACAGGGACUGCUCCUCUGGGGAGUCUCCUCCUCCGACCCCUCCUGCGUCUCCUGUCUCCUCCGUCUGGCAGCCAUUCCCUGAAGAGGAUUCCGAUUCUCCCCAGUUCAGAAGGCGAGCACACACAUUUAGCCAUCCACCUUCCAGCUCAAAGAAGAGGAUUACUUUCCAAGAGGGGAGAUCCCAGAGCGCCAGGUCUCCUCUCCUGAAACAGAACUCUGUGGAGCACAGCAGGCUGACACUUGCCCGACGCACUUACAGUGACAGUGACUCUUCUGUGCCGACCAGUCUCCCUUCUUCCUUCUCUGCCCCAUCUUUCCUGAAAAGCUUUUACCAGAGCUCAGGAAAGCCAACUCCUCAGUCUGAAAACGAACACCCAAAGAGCAAUGGGGAAAGAAGAAAAAGGACCUCCUCUGUCUGCAGCAACGAGUCCUUAAAUGGUGGCGGAAUCACUCUUACUCCUCGCCGAAUCUCCUGGCGGCAGAAGAUCUUCCUCAGGGUUGCAUCGCCCAUGAAGAAAUCCCCCUCAGCAAUGCAACUUCAAGAUGGGGGUGAUGGAAAUGAAUUGUUACCAUUGUCUCCUCAUGCACCACAUUUUGAUGAAGACCCCCUUGUUUCCAUAUUGCAAAAUGAUGAUAGUCAAGAUAAGGCUGGAGAGAAAAAGAAUUCUGAAGAGCUACAGAGUCUAUGGAGAAAAGCCAUUCACCAACAGAUACUGCUGCUUCGAAUGGAAAAGGAAAACCAGAAAUUGGAAGCAAGCAAAGAUGAGCUCCAGUCCAGAAAAGUUAAGCUGGACUAUGAGGAAGUUGGUACUUACCAGAAAGAUGCUAUUAAUAUCUGGGAUAAGAAACUUUUGAACUGCAGAGCAAAAAUCAGAUGUGACAUGGAAGAUAUUCACUCUACUUUGAGAGAUGGUGUACCCAAAAGUCGCAGGGGAGAAAUCUGGCAAUUUCUUGCUGUUCAGCAUCGCGUAAGACAUCGGCUGCCGAAUAAACAACAGCCUCCUGAUAUUUCUUAUAAAGAACUCCUAAAACAAUUGACAGCCCAGCAACAUGCUAUCCUUGUCGAUCUGGGAAGGACUUUCCCAACACAUCCUUACUUUUCUGCUCAGUUGGGAGCUGGGCAGCUGUCACUUUUCAACCUUCUGAAAGCUUAUUCCUUGCUGGACAAAGAGGUGGGCUACUGCCAAGGUAUCAGCUUUGUGGCUGGCGUGCUGCUUCUCCACAUGAGCGAAGAGCAAGCCUUUGAAAUGCUCAAAUUUCUCAUGUAUGACCUUGGCUUCCGCAAACAGUACCGGCCAGAUAUGAUGUCACUACAGAUCCAGAUGUACCAGCUAUCAAGACUCCUCCACGACUAUCACAGAGACCUCUACAACCAUCUUGAGGAGAAUGAAAUCAGUCCUAGCCUUUACGCAGCACCUUGGUUUAUUACUUUAUUUGCCUCUCAGUUCCCACUGGGUUUUGUAGCCAGAGUAUUUGAUAUUAUUUUCUUUCAGGGAACAGAAGUCAUAUUUAAAGUGGCACUAAGUCUGCUUAGUAGCCAAGAGGAGCACAUCAUGAUGUGUGAGACUUUUGAAAGCAUUGUUGAGUUUCUUAAAAAUACUCUCCCAGACAUGACAAAGCUCCAGAUGGAAAAGAUUGUCAACCAGGUAUUUGAGAUGGAUAUUUCCAAACAGCUUCAUGCCUAUGAGGUGGAGUACCAUGUUCUGCAGGAUGAGCUCCAAGAAAACUCAAAUCUAUGUGAUGACGUUGAGGCUCCAGAGAAACUUGAAAAAGCAAACAAUCAGUUGAAAAGACAAAAUAUGGAGCUCUUGGAGAAACUACAGGUAGCCCAUGUGAAAAUCCAGAGUAUGGAGUCAAAUCUCGAAGAUGCUUUGGCAAGAGAGAACAAAAUGAAGAGUUUAAUCCAGUCACUGGAACAAGACAAGUUGCGUUAUCAAAUGACGGUUGAGAAGAUCUGUAGAUACUUGCCUGAGGAAGCACUGUCUGAUUGCAGACAGCUGCUAAAGGAGGUGAACUGUAACCUAAGCAAAACCCAGAAAUAAGCCAUAAGGGAAGAGUUGCAAGCCACGUGGUUUCUGUCAAUAAAGAAAAGGAAAGAUACAAACAGGCUGCUCUAAAAGGUAUCUACAUAAUCUCACACGGGUACUGGGAGCCUUAUGGCAGCAGAGAGGCCUUUUAAAUCCUGAUAUGCAAACCCUAGGUUAAAUGUUUUUAACAGAGUGUGUACAUAAAUUGCAAUGUGCAAAGCAAAAGGACUGAAUCUAAUGCAGACCAUUGGAUGUAUAUUUAGGAUUGAUGUAAAAGAAAGAGGAUGAAAGUUCACCCUUUCAGACUGCUGUUAACUUAAAUGUCAACCUUCAUAUGUUCUGUGGACACGGAGUGAAAGGAACAAGUCAUGUAUUUUCUAUACGUUGCUUAAUACUUGAAAAGAAAAGCAAGAAUGUAAUUCCCCCCCUCCAAAGAAUAGCAUGUUUCCCUUUUUAAUGGGGGAUUUCUUUGAGUUUUGUGUAGGGCUUUUGUUUCUGUUAACUUUUCUGUGGGGGAAACUCCAUGUACAUUUUUAUGUGCCUGUAAUUGAUUCUGCUGACAAAUGCAUACAUGCAACAGCAAUUCUUCUGGACUGUCAUUCUGCAGCUGUGCUGCUAAGAAGAGUUAAAAGAGACACAGGAAAUACUGUGCUGAAAAUUUCUAUUUCUUUUCAACUCUUGGGGGGGGAGGGGAGAGAGGUGAAAAAAUUGCAACUGAAAAUCAUUGGAUUAUUUGAGAAGGAAGCAGGGCUGUAAGGCUCCUGUGCCUGCAUUACUGUAAUGAAGUUACAGGACUUGUGGGGAGAGGGCUGUUUCUUUAACUGUACAAUGCUUGUGUUCCUCCUUGAUGCUCUUCAUCCUUCCUGGCUGCUUCUGUUUCCUAGAAAGCAUCUUAAAGGACUUGCCCUCUGAUUUUGCCCCUUGGGUCUUUCAACAGCUGCUGCUUAGUAAAUGCAAUAAACAGUGGAGGUUUGUUUUUAUGUUAAAGAGACGUUUUGAUUACUGUAACCUCCAACUUUUUGCAGACUUCAGACCACUGUAUGUGCAGGUCAUAGAGUGCUUUGAAAGUGAAUGAAAGUACACAGUUGGUUUUCAGCAUUAUGAGCCCCCCCCAGGACUCCUGGAGUCCCUUUCCUACCUUCAGUUCAAAGCAAGAGAGGCUGUGGGGUAGGGUGGAUCUAGCAGCAGGAAAGUUUUCAUCUUCCAGUGCUCCCAGUCAUGAACAUUGCUGAGCGAGAAGAUCUUGAUUAACUGGUCCCCACCCCACCUCCUUUCCUCUUCCUAAUUUAUCUGAUGGCAUUUUUGAUAUUAGGCUAAAUACAGGGCUUGGCUGGACAUCCAUGGAAGUUGAAGGUGCUGGUGGUCAGAAUAAAUUCAGUAAACAAUGGGAAUUCUUUGGACUCCUAAUGCCUAGAGCCUAUCAUCCACCUUUCUUCAAACUAACAUUUUAAAAGCACCAGAGAUAAUUAGCAACAGCAAAUUUAGAAUAAUCAAAGAAAGUCCUUUAAACACAAAGCAACAAGAAUACCUCUCUCAGUUUUCUCAUUUAAUGGGCAGCAAUAACCGGAAGCUCCAAAGGAAAAAGCCAUGUUGUUAAAGUCUUUAAAGAGGCUUUCUAUGAAGCAGGCAGAAAAGCCGCAAAGCUGUGCAGAAUGGUGUGUGGUUUCUCAAAUCUCACAGUCCCCAAAUAAGAAUGGCAGCUCUGCAUUCUGAGGAAUUUCUCAGAAGUGCCCAAAACCCUUACAAAAGAGGCC